AUGCCUCUCCUUUUCUUCUCAUAUCUACAUCUGUAUGUGAGGAAUAGGUUUCUCUAUUGGAAGAAGAGAGGGGUACCUUAUGUGAAACCCGUAUUUCCGUUUGGAAUUCUAAAGAGUAUUGGGAGUACUAAACAUUCAAGCCAGAUUUUAACAGAAGCUUACAAAGAGCUUAAAGGAAAAAAUAUUUUUGGUGGUAUCUACUUUUUCACAAAACCCGUUGUUGUUCCAACAGAUUUGGAUUUUUUGAAAAAUAUUUUAGUACAAGAUUUCCAAUAUUUCACUGAUAGAGGAUUUUAUGUUAACGAAAAAGAUGAUCCCCUAUCCGGUAACUUAAUUGCUCUAUCUGGUCAUCGCUGGAGGAACUUGAGAACGAAAGUGAGCCCUACUUUCACAUCAGGAAAAAUGAAAAUGAUGCAUAACAUAAUUGUAGAUGUUGCCAAAGAGCUUCAAAAUUAUUUUGAACCUAUUGCCAAGCAUAAUGAAGCUAUAGAAAUCAAAGAUAUUUUAUCGCGAUUUACAAUCGAUGUUAUUGGAAAUUGUGCUUUUGGAAUUGAGUGCAACAGUCUCAAGCAACCGAAUACGGAAUUUUGUAGAAUUGGGAAAAAAGUGUUUGAAUAUACAGCUUUUGAGUAUUUCAAUUUGUUCUUUCUUAUGAUGUUCCCAAAUUUGGGUCAUAAGUUGAAAAUAAAAAUUAACAAAUCUGAAGUAACUGAAUUUUUCAUGAGACUGCUGAAAGAAACCAUUGAAUACCGCGAGAAGAAUGAUAUAAAGAGGAAUGAUUUUCUAUCACUUUUAAUGCAAAUCAAAAAUACGGGAAAACUCGAAGGUGACGAUACGGAUUUGGGUAAAAUUACUUUUGAAGAAUUGGCUGCACAAAUGUUUUUAUUUUUCGCUGCUGGCUAUGAAACAUCUUCAUCGACUAUGGCAUUUGCUUUAUAUGAACUAGCUCUACAUCAGGACAUUCAAGACAAAGCUAGAGAAGAAGUGAAUUGUAUUCUGAAGAAAUAUAAUGGAGAAUAUUCUUACGAAGCCUGCAUGGAAAUGAAGUACAUCGAUCAAAUCAUUAAAGAAACAUUGAGGAAAUAUCCGAUAGUUGAUUUCCUCGUAAGGCGUUGUGGUGAUGAUUAUGCAGUUCCAGGAACUAAGCAUUCCAUCGAAAAAGGGACUUUUGUAACAAUUCCAGUCUAUGGAAUUCAUCAUGAUCCGGAAAUCUAUCCAGAUCCUCAAAAGUUUGAUCCUGAGAGAUUCACCGAAGACAACAUCAAGAUCAGACGUCCGUUUGCUUGGCUUCCUUUCGGAGAAGGUCCUAAGAAUUGUCUCGGAAUGAAGUUUGGCAUGACGGAAACCAGGAUUGGAUUAGCGACCUUGCUUUCGAAAUAUCGAGUUAGUAUUUCUUCUAAAACUGGCAUUCCACUUGCUUUAGAACCUGCAUCGCUUGUAAUGACCCCUAAAGGUGGUUUGUGGCUUAAUAUCGAGAUGGUUUCUUAG